AUGCAUUGUGUCUGCAUUGUCCAACAGCUGCUGGCGGUAGUAACUCUGCUCCCUAUCGUCAUUGCUAAGCCUGUUCGUGAGAAUGUACGUCGGUGGGGUACGAAGAUUGCUCCCAAGGUCUUCAUCAUCUCAAUGGUACAUACCCUUGCUCCCUCGGCCGUGGGAGCUACUGAGCUGAUCUUGAUCAAGUUUGAUCCUGAGGCCGAGGUCUGGUACGGCAUCGGCGAGUUCAAUGUACUAGAGCAAAACAUUACUGUACCUGGACUAUCUCCAUUGUAUCAAGAUGUACAUUGUACUGGCAACCAUGACGUCUGUCAAAUCACGAUCGGCGAGAGCGAAAUUAAUGCUGCCACGAGCGUUACUGCUUUAACAUUCUCGUCUCUUUUCGAUCUCACUAAAACCUACUUCUUGGUUGCGGGCAUCGCUGGUAUCAACCCUAAGGAGGCCACACUUGGCUCAGUAACUUUUGCGAAGUAUGCAGUUCAGGUUGCGCUGCAGUACGAAUUUGAUGCCCGAUCCAUACCAGAUAAUUUUACCACCGGUUACGUACCAUUGGGGAGCGAAAACCCCACACAGUACCCACAAAGCAUUUAUGGCACCGAGGUUUUCGAGGUGAACGAGGACCUGCAGCAGCUGGCGGUCGGCUUUGCAAAGGCCGCUGCACUCAAUGAUUCUGACGACGCGAAAGCUUACCGAGCAAAUUACGCACAGACCAAUGCGUAUGAAGCUGGCAGUCAGGUGCCCAGUGUGGUCGCCUGCGAUGUUGCGACUUCAGACGUGUAUUACAGCGGUACCUUGCUCAGCGAGGCUUUCGAGAACACCACCAAACACUUCACUAAUGGCAGUGGGACAUAUUGCUCUACGGCGCAGGAAGAUAACGCUACGCUUGAAGCUCUUCUCCGCGGAGACAUCUUCAACGUGACGGAUUACAGCCGCAUUAUCGUUAUGCGGACGGCAUCGGACUUCGAUCGACCCUACGCUGGUGAACCUGACACGGUCAAUCUCUUCUACGCGGAGCAAGGAGGUUUUGAGCCGGCGAUUGCAAAUAUUUAUCUGGCAGGUAUCAAGGUCGUAGAAGGCAUUCUCAACGGCUGGGGCAGUACAUUUGAGAAGGGUAUUCCCGCCAGUAAUUACCUCGGGGAUAUCUUUGGCUCCUUAGGAGGAUCGCCCGACUUCGGUCCCGGAUCGAUGUUUAACAACAAUCCAGUCACGAAGAGGAGCGAGUGGAAACGCACUGUCAAGAAGAGCAAGCGUGGCAAUGCCGUCGGACGUGAUUCUACAAGCUAA